ACUCCACCCGCAGCAGCCAUGAUGCAAGAAGGGCUGGACGACGGUCCCGAUUUCCUUUCAGAAGAGGACAGAGGACCCAGGGCGGUGAAUGUGGAUCUUCAGACUGACGCUACACUACAGGUGGACAUUUCAGACGCUCUGAGUGAGAGAGACAAGGUCAAGUUCACCGUCCACACAAAGAGCACUCUACCUAAUUUCAAGCAGAAUGAAUUUUCUGUGGUUAGACAGCAUGAAGAAUUUAUCUGGCUCCACGACUCGUUUGUGGAAAAUGAAGAAUAUGCAGGAUAUAUUAUUCCUCCUGCUCCUCCGAGACCAGAUUUCGACGCUUCACGGGAGAAGCUCCAGAAACUCGGAGAAGGUGAAGGAUCGAUGACGAAGGAGGAGUUCACCAAGAUGAAGCAGGAACUGGAGGCUGAAUAUCUGGCCAUCUUCAAGAAGACUGUGGCGAUGCAUGAGGUCUUUCUAUGCCGCGUUGCUGCCCAUCCUGUCCUGCGCAAAGACUUGAACUUUCACGUUUUCUUAGAGUACAACCAAGAUCUGAGUGUACGAGGGAAGAACAAGAAAGAGAAACUGGAGGAUUUCUUUAAGAACGUGGUGAAAUCUGCAGACGGGGUUCUGGUGGCUGGAGUGAAGGACGUUGAUGAUUUCUUUGAACAUGAGAAGACAUUCCUUUUAGAGUAUCACAACCGAGUCAAAGACUCCUCUGCCAAAUCUGACCGAAUGAUCAGGUCUCACAAAAGUGCAGCGGAUGACAUCAACAGAAUCGCCUCCACGCUCUACACUUUAGGAACUCAAGACUCCACAGAUCUGUGCAAAUUUUUCCUGAAAGUAUCAGAGCUUUUUGAGAAAACACGGAAAAUUGAAGCUCGUGUGGCGGCCGAUGAGGACCUGAAGCUUGCAGACCUGUUGAAGUAUUACCUCCGAGAGUCUCAGGCCGCAAAGGACCUGCUGUACAGACGAGGACGGGCAUUAGUUGACUAUGAGAAUGCUAAUAAAGCGCUGGACAAAGCCAGAGCUAAAAACAAGGACGUCCUUCAAGCGGAAACCACACAGCAAGUGUGCUGUCAGAAGUUUGAGAAAAUCUCUGAAUCUGCAAAACAAGAACUGAUAGAUUUCAAGACACGGCGAGUAGCGGCGUUCAGAAAGAACCUAGUGGAACUGGCAGAGCUGGAACUCAAACAUGCCAAGGGGAAUCUACAACUGCUGCAGAGCUGCCUGGGGGUCCUGAAAGGGGACACUUAGAUGCCCAAAGCGGGCUCUCCAUAGAGGGCUUGGUCCCUGCUUUGGUCUCAUCUUCAUUCGGAAGAUGGAGGAGAGAACAUAUAAUGGGGUCAGUUUGUCUAAAGAGACGUCUGUACUCACCACUACCAGAGACACCACACACUCCCUCCACAAACCCCAACAGAGAGGCAGUCCACUGUGGAAGAUCCACAUGAUACACAGCUUCAUUUAUUCACACCUUUUUGGCUUUUAAUUCUUCAUCCUUUCUCCAUGGGGUUCGCUUGUGUCACUCUUUGUUUCUGUUAACGUUUGUCUGCUUUGAUGCUUUGUUUUUUCAGUUUGUUUUUGUUGUUUUUUGUUUGUUCCAUUUUGUUUCGCUUGUUCUUUGUUUGUUUUUGUUCAGUUUUGUUGCACUUGUGUUUUUUCAGUUUUCUUACACUUGUUUUGUUAGUUUUUGUUUGUUUGUUUGUUGUUUUGCGCUUGUUUUUUUUGUUUGUUCUAUUUUGUUACGCUUGUUUUUUUUCAGUUUUGUUACACUUGUUUUGUUAGUUUGUUUUGCUUGUUUUUGUUCUUGUUCUGCUUGUUUUUUUGUUUGUUCUAUUUUGUUACGCUUGUUUUUUCAGAUUUAACACUUUUUGUUAGUUUUUUGUUAUGUUUUGUUUUACUUGUUUGUUUUUUGUUCUGCUUUUUUGUUUUUUGUUCCACUUUUUUCCCCUGAUUUCGUUUGCUUGUUUGUUGCUUGUUUUUUCCCCGUUUGUUUUUUCUGUUUUGUUGACACUUAUUUUAUUAUUGUUUUUGUUGUUGUUUUGUUUGUUUUUCUAUUUUGUUCUGCUUUUUUGUUCCACUUGUUUUGUUUUUUUCCCCUUAAUUUGUUUUGCUUGUUAAUUGUGUGUUUGUUUUUUGUUCAGUUUUGUUGCAAUUGUUUGUUUGUUUGUUUUUUCAGUUUUGUUAGCAGUUUUUGUUAGUUUUUUUUUUGUUUUUUUGUCUAUUUUGUUCAGCUUUUUUAGUUACACUUCUUUUUUUGUUGUUUUUGCCUUAAUUUGUCUCACUUGUUUGUUUGUUUUUGUCAAUUUAGUUGCACUUGAUUUGUUUCUCUUGUUUGUUGUUUGUUUUUAUUCAGUUUUG